CAUGCUAUCAGCUAUCCACGCGUAGUCUUAGAAGAUCGUGGCGGCAAUUGAAGUUAGCCAUUCUGGCCACGCUAGGUGAGAUAGUCGGUAAAGGGAUCGCCGGGAAGCCUGGGGACGAUGACGGCGGCGUGGGUGCACCAGCAUUAAUUGCUAGACGGAAACUGGAAUCCACGAACACGGGGUACUCGACUUACUCGACCCUAUACCGCUACUGGACAUAUGCGAUUCCAUGUUAUAUUCAUAGCUCCUCAUGAUAUCGGCGUACUCCUGCUCGUCUGAGGUGAGGUAGAGCUCGAAAUCAUGGCUCACGAACACCAUGACGGCAGCGGAGCGGAGUCUCCCUUGCUGGUCCACGACAAUGACGCGCGGAGAUCUCCACGGCGUGAGCACGAGGAUGAGGAUGAGCUCGAACACAAUGAGCCCGAGCAGCCUCUCGUCUCUAAGAGCUAUGGCGGUCUUUUCGUCUGGAUCUUGACCUUCUCCGCGGGCAUCAGCGGACUUCUCUUCGGCUAUGACACUGGAGUGAUCUCCUCUAUGCUUGUUUCCAUCGGUUCCGACUUAUCCAAUCGUCCACUUACGACCGCCGACAAGAGCAUCAUCACGUCGUGUACGAGCCUUUUUGCGCUUAUCGCCAGUCCGAUAGCUGGUCUGCUGGCAGACAGAUUAGGACGGAGGAAAGUUAUAUUAUUCGCAGAUGGCCUUUUUGCCAUUGGUGCAUUAUGGCAGGCUGUUACAAGCAGCGUUUGGGGCAUGAUCGCCGGACGCAGUGCUGUGGGUUUGGCGAUUGGUGCUGCUAGUUUGGUUACUGCACUAUACAUAUCUGAACUUGCUCCUUCGGAAAUGCGCGGACGACUUGUUACCAUACUCAGUCUCUUGAUCACUGGCGGACAAGUAGUCGCCUACGUGGUCGGGUGGCUCUUUUCAUCCAUGCCCGGAGGAUGGAGAUGGAUAGUUGGUCUGGGAGCUCUCCCAGCCUUUUUCCAAGUGAUGUUCAUACUCUUCUUACCUGAGACACCGCGAUGGCUCGUCCGGGCCGGUCAGGAAACUAGGGCGCGAGCCGUCCUGGGAAAGAUUUACGGCUCCGAUCCCGAUAUGCAGAAGCUGGCGGAGCGUGUCUUUCGCGAUAUCGAGAGAGAGGUUGCCCUUGAGGAAGAGGAAAUGGGCGUCGACCACAACAAACCGUCCAGCUUCAUAGACCAAGCCACUCACAGCAUGUCAGAACUAUUCCGUAUCGGCGGCAACAGAAGAGCCUUGACGAUCGCAGUCAUGCUGCAGGGUGUGCAGCAGCUUUGUGGAUUUAACAGUCUGAUGUACUUCUCCGCAACGCUCUUCUCUCUGCUGUCCUUUUCAUCUCCAACGUUAAUCUCUCUCUCGGUGGCCGUAACCAACUUCCUUUUCACCCUCUUCGCCUUCUCUCAGAUCGACCGUAUCGGUCGACGCCGCAUCUUGCUGCUGUCGAUCCCCAUCAUGACCGUCUCGCUUAUCGUAUGCACUCUCGCAUUCCUACCUUUGGACCUGAAAGACGCACCAUCUGUACAUCAGCUCCGAGAUCAAGGAAGCGACAUCACGAAAGGAAAGACAUCCCUUCCCAUAAUCAUCCUCUUGUCCCUAAUCGUCUAUACCGCAUCGUACGCCUCAGGCCUCGGAAACGUGCCCUGGCAGCAAUCAGAGUUAUUCCCGCUAAACGUCCGUUCCGUCGGUUCUGCGCUGGCGACGGCCACGAAUUGGGGGUCUAAUUUUAUUGUUGGGCUUACUUUCCUGCCGCUGAUGGAGUGGAUAUCCCCCAGUAGUACAUUUCUCAUCUACGCGGCGAUAUGUGUUGCUGGUUGGGUUGGAGUAUGGGCUAUCUAUCCCGAGAUGAGUGGAUUGAGUCUAGAAGAAGUUAAGGAGUUGCUUGCCGACGGAUACGGCGUCCAGGAGAGUCUUGCUAGACGGAGAGCGUAGCUUUUUGAUUUCACCAUUAUAGACUUUGUAUAGAAAUUAUGGAUAUUUUUUUUCCUUCUUGCUGUCUUUUCUUUUUUGGGCUAGCUGGUACAGAAAGGCCGCACUGAAUCAGAGCAAUGGGCUGCUGUGUAAGAUCCGCCAUCUAUCAAGCGAUAAUAGGAUGGGAAAUAUGAACGAGAUUCCAACCACCAUUCAUGCUAGAAAACAUUAAAUCUUUACUCCUCGAUAUCCUUGACCUUUUCCCACUGGCCCUUCAGGUUCUCCUUCCACAAGCUGACCUUGUUGUCGCCGCCGCUGACGGCCAGGAUGUUACCGCUCAAGCUCCAGCUGACUCUCCAUAAAACGGUGUCGAACUCGAGCACGGUGCUGGUCCACUGAGUGGGGUUAGAGGCGUCAGCCGUCCAUAUCCGGACGGUCUUGUCUUGUGAGGCGGAGGCGAUGUAUGACUUGGAGAGAAUACUUGGG